CUUUGGGUAAAUAAGUAGUUUAAGAGUAUAGUGCAACAGCAGGACAGGAAAAAGAAUGAAAGAGGUGAUGUCCUUUCUGGUGAGGCGGUGCUACAGCCUGAAACACAUCCAGCAAGCUCAUGGGUUGAUGGUACCCCGAGGCCUUGACGAGGACAACAGACUCCUUUCCCGAUUCAUCGAGGCCUGCUCUUGUCUUGGCUUCUCGAACUACGCCUACUCCGUCUUCACCCGCAUUCGGGUGCCAAACAUUUAUCUCUACAACACCAUGAUCAAGGCUCUACCCCCAUCCGAGGCCAUUUCUGUUUACAACAAAAUUCAAGUCGCCGCCUUGCGCCCCGAUACCUACUCCAUCCCCUUUGUGCUCAAGGCCGUCGUUCGCCUCGGCCUCGCCGCAGUUGGGAUAGGCAGACAGGUCCACUGCCAUAGCAUUGGCACUGGGCUGGACACCCAUGUCAGCGUGGUCACUGCCCUCAUUCACAUGUAUUCCUCUUGUGCAUCUGUUUCCGAUGCUCGCAGACUGUUCGACGGAGCUGCCUUUAGGGAUGUCGCUCUCUGGAACGCAAUGAUCGCCGGAUAUGCCAAACUGGGUGACGUAGAUACUGCCCGCCAUCUGUUCGAAACAAUGCCUCUGAAUAAUAGCAAUGUCAUUUCCUGGACUGCCCUCAUUGCCGGAUAUGCUCAGGUUAACCGCCCCACCGACGCCAUCAUGGUCUUCCGGAGAAUGCAGCUUCACAAUGUUCAACCUGAUGAGAUAGCAAUGUUGGCCGCGCUUUCUGCUUGUGCCCAGUUAGGUGCCCUCCACUUUGGGGAGUGGAUUCAUAACUACAUUCUGAAACAUGGAUUUCGUGAGCUGGUUUCUCUUAACAAUGCUCUUAUAGACACGUACGCCAAGUCAGGCAACAUAAGAAAAGCCCUUCAAGUUUUCCAUAGUACCAAAUAUAAAACUGUUAUAACUUGGACAACCAUGAUAGCUGGACUUGCCCUGCAUGGUCUUGGAACACAAGCCCUUGACAUGUUUGCUCAAAUGGAAAGGGCUAAAAUUGCACCCAACGACAUCACUUUCAUUGCCAUCCUUUCUGCUUGUAGCCAUGCCCGGUUGGUUGAAACGGGCCUUUGCUAUUUUAACAUCAUGGUUUCGAGGUAUCGGAUUGAACCCAAAAUUGUGCACUAUGGCUGCAUGGUUGAUCUACUUGGGCGUGCCGGUUAUCUUCAAGAGGCAAAGGAACUUGUUAGGCAGAUGCCAUUUGAAGCAAAUGCGGCUAUAUGGGGGUCUCUUCUUGCUGCUUCUAACAUUCAUGGAAAUGAUGAGCUCGGGGAGCAUGCUUUACAGCAUCUAUUAAUGUUAGAGCCCCAGAAUAGUGGAAAUUAUUCACUUUUGUCUAAUAUAUAUACUGCUCUGGAUAGGUGGAAUAAAUCUAGGAUGCUAAGGAAAGUGAUGAGGGACAAUGGAGUGAAGAAGAUGCCAGGCAGGAGUUUCAUAGACGUGAAUGGCAGAGUUCAUGGAUUCAUUGCAGGAGACAAAUCACAUUCCGAGGGAGAUAGGAUAUAUGAAGUCCUGUACAAGCUUUUCAGGCAGUCUAACUUGGCUGGCUGUCCGCAACAAGAUUGUGGGGAGCUGCUUGAAUUCGAUGAAUAGCCACUGGCCACAAUGUCAUUGAUACUAAUUCAAUCCGUGUUCGAACCACGUUCAGAAUCUGAGCUUACUUGGGAUGUUGGUUGUCGGAGGAGGAGGUUCGCUGCACCAGCUUAUCUGUACCAGCCUUUUCAUCGCCCAGGAGGGAAUUCCAGUUUCUCUUCAGUAGUUAGGAGGUGGUCUGAUCCAGAUUUUCUUCUGCUGCAAACAGUAGGUCUCAUAAACCUUGGUACCUGGGAUAAGGGAGGUGCUGAGAUAUAUGCAGUAUUGUUCCUGUUUCUUUCAAGAUUAGGUUGGGGCACUUCAUUCAUUAACUGAUUCAUCAUUGCAACUUCCUUCUCCCUUUGUUCCUGAUUUCAGCUUUCCAGUCAUAAAGGCAUAGGAUUUCACAAAUUAUAACAAAAACUGAAGCUGAGAUGAGUUUCUGAUUAGUCACUCAUAUUCUCAUGGCAAGGUAAACAGGUAGUACAGUUGCAUUAUGAUUUUUUCAUUCUCUUUAAAAAGACUUUUACUUAUUUCUCAAAUUGGUGCUUUUUUUUUGCACCAAUAUGCUUACUCUGUGAUAUUUUUACAUGACUUUUAGCAUAUGUAUCAAUUCAGGUCUCUCCACU